AUGGGAAAGGCCUCUAAUCAUCUAUUUGCCGUCGAGUUCUCAACUUUAAAGAACUUGGAAUUUCACGACAUCAACGACAAUCACGUUGGUGUGGAUCUCAACGAUCUCAGGUCUGUAAACUCUACGCCUGCCGGCUUCUGGGCGGGCAACAAUCAUUUCCAAGAUUUGAAUCUCAAGAGUGGACAGAAUAUUCAGGCUUGGAUUGAUUAUGACCAUCUUCAAAACGAGCUCAGGGUCACCAUUGCAGAAGCUGGUUCUCAACGCCCAGAAACGCCACUGAUAUUUAUGAAAAAUACGUCUCUGCCUAAAAUUGUAGAAGAAGAAAUGUAUGUUGGUUUCUCAGCAGCUAUGGGAGUCGUUUUUGAAGAGAAUUACAUCCUUUGCUGGAGCUUCAAUACAAACGGAACUGCCACUUUUCUGAACACAUCUAAUUUUCCAUCCUUCAUACCUAGAGAUAUCAAGAACUCAAACGCCAGACUGAUUGCUGGUAUUACGAUAGCUUGCGUUGUCCUCCUCCUUGUGGUGGUGGCAGCAUCACUUGUUCGGUUGAAAACAAAGCAAUACAGAAAUCUUAUUGAAGAAUGGGAGAUUGAGUAUUGGCCUCACAGGUUUCAGUAUAAGGACCUACAUAUUGCAACAAAGGGCUUCGGAGAGAAGCAACUUUUGGGAUGCGGAGGCUUUAGCCAGGUCUACAAAGGAGUCCUUCCCACAAACGGCCUCCAGGUGGCGGUGAAACGUAUUCUGAGAGAAACGGAUGAUGGGGUUAAGGACUUCAUAGCUGAGAUCUCAAGUCUUGGUCGCCUUCAACAUCAAAAUCUUGUCCAGAUCAGAGGCUUCUGUAGGCGACAAAACCAGCUAUUCAUAGUUUAUGACUACAUGCCAAAUGGGAGCCUGGACAAAAUGAUAUUUGGAAACCCAAAGAAGGUGUUUGAAUGGGGUCAGAGGUACAGAGUCCUCACGGAUGUCGCUGCGGGGUUGAUGUAUCUCCACGAAGAAUGGGAGCAACGCGUAGUGCACAGGGACAUCAAGUCCAGCAAUAUUUUGUUGGACUCGGAGUUUAACGGAAAGUUAGGGGACUUUGGGCUUGCCCGUCUCUACGAGCACAAUGAAAUCUCACAGACUACUUGCGUGGUGGGAACGCUAGGAUACAUCGCACCAGAGCUCAUACACACAGGAAAGGUCAGCCCCGCCACAGAUGUGUUCAGCUUUGGUAUUUUGAUGUUGGAGGUUGCUUGCGGAAGGAGACCUGUCGAUCCCUCUCUCCAACCUGCUCAAGUAGUUCUGGUAGACUGGGUAAGAGAACUUGAUGACAAUGGCAGUCUGAUGGAUGCAGCAGACCUGAAUCUUGGCGGGCAAUACGUUGAAGCUGAGAUGGAGAGAGUCCUCAAAUUGGGGCUACUGUGUUCUAAUCCUCAGCUAGAUGGUAGGCCUGGAAUGAGACAAGUUCUACAAACACUUGAAGAAGAAGCUCCAAUAACAAAUUUUGAUGCUUCGUUUCAUUUGCAGAUGAGUAAUACUUGGAGAUCUCCUAAAUGUUACAGUCACAGCGCAGAUGCUUCUAUUUCUAUUUCUGUAGAGGGACGAUAA